UCUGCAUCGCUAUAUAAGCACAGCCAUCCACCUCUCUCUUCUCUCCACCAACCCAAGCAAAUCCAUUGAUCGAUCUUCAGCGAAACACCAUAUCCAUCGAGAUUGUCGAACAGUAGCAAAUUAACAAUGGCGAGAGGCGGCGGCACGAGAAAACUCACCGCAGCGGCGACGUUCUCGCUCGCCGUUCUAGUCCUGCUCUUCUUCCCCGGCGCUAGCGCCGCCGUCCCCAGCAUCGACGCCACGCUGACACGCCACCUGCCUCUACCGCGUGGGCUUCUACGCGGCCCAGAGAGCGUGGCCUUCGACGCCAAGGGCCGCGGCCCAUACAGCGGCGUCUCCGACGGCCGCAUCCUCAAGUGGACCAAGGGCGGCUGGACAACCUAUGCCUACGCGCCCGGUUACAGCAGCGAGGCCUGCAUGGCCACGGCCCGCCGCCCGGAGACGGUCACGGAGAGCAGUUGUGGACGGCCCUUGGGCCUCCGGUUCCACCUCAGGUCCGGCAACCUGUACAUUGCCGAUGCAUACAAGGGGCUAAUGCGUGUCGGACCAGGAGGAGGGGAGGCGACGGUGCUGGUCAAUGAGGUUGAGGACGUGCCGCUGCGGUUCACCAAUGGUGUCGACAUUGACCAGGUGACCGGGGAGGUUUAUUUAACGGAUAGUUCAAUGAACUACCAGAGGUCGCAGCAUGAGAUGGUCACAAGGACCGGUGACUCGACGGGGCGUCUCAUGAGGUACAACCCACAGACGGGUAAGGUGGUUGUGCUACAAGCGGGGAUCACUUACCCUAAUGGUUUGGCGAUCAGCGCUGACCGGACCCACCUUGUGAUCUCGUCGACUGGCCCAUGCAAAUUGUUGAGAUACUGGAUCAAGGGUCCCAAGGCGGGCACGAUCGAGGUACUCGUCGAUCUCCCCGGCUACCCCGAUAAUGUGAGGCCCGAUGGGAGAGGAGGAUAUUGGGUAGCGUUGCAUCGUGAGAAGAACGAGCUUCCCUUUGGCGUCGAUAGCCACUUGCUCGCCGUGAGAAUCGGAGCCGACGGAAUGAUACUUGAAGAAAUGAAGGGACCAAAGAGCGUGAGGCCAACCGAGAUUAUGGAAAGGAAAGCCGGCAGGCUUUUCAUGGGAUCGGUCGAGCUUCCUUAUGUCUCCGUCGUCAAACGCAAAUAG